CCUGCGCCGCUCCUCGGGCACCUGACACGACCGCACAGCUCCCCCCUCGGCUCAGCAGAGAGGAAACUAAAGAUGAACAAGAUCCUGGCUCUGGGUUUGCCAGCCCUGCUCUGCUUAGCAACAGCGGAUCCUCUCCAGUGCAACGGCUGUUUCAGGCUGUCCCAGGACGGCAGCUGUAAGAUAGGCCAAUACACCUGCACGGCAACUCUAAACGAAUCCUGCUUCACCCGCAAAAUCACCGCUGGAAACGAGAUCCUGCGGGUGGAGCGGGGCUGCACUGUGGUCUGCGAUGACCUAGUGCUCAACAACUACGACUACAAGGAGACCACCCAGUGCUGCAUGGACAGAUCCUUCUGCAACGUCCACAACCCCUGGCCCCAAAUCCCCCAGGAGGAUUAAGGGGAGGGUGGGGUCCUGGGGCGGCAGGAAAGCCACAUUCGCCCUUCACCCCAGGCCUGGAUCGGGGUUAUUCCCCAACUCUCCUUUCCUCAUUUAAAACUUGGCAGGAACCAAGACUGUCCCCUGGCGUCACCCUCAA